AAGGCAUCGGACUAGUUUGUACGUUAGUGUCUUAUAGACGCCGUCAUGACAGGGUGUUCAGUCCUCAUUAUUUCAUUAUCAGUAGCUGUCUUCAUCAAUGAGGUAACACCAAGAUCUUGCAGGAAAUACACCCAGCAAGUAUUGCUCGUGUCAAUGGACGGAUUCAGGUACGACUAUCCCGAGAAAGCGAAUACCCCCAACUUUGACAAAAUGGAACGAAAUGGCGUGAGGGCAGAAUAUGUCGACAGCAUUUUCACUACCAAGACGCUCCCUUCACACUACAGCAUUGUUACAGGUUUAUAUGAAGAAAACCACGGCAUUAUAGCAAACGCCAUGUAUGACCCAGAAUUCAAGGAUGAGUUUUCCAUAGGGUCGUUUCCAGGCUCAAAAUGGUGGGACCAAGGGGAACCGAUCUGGAUAACAGCGAGGAAACAUGGUUUGACGUCUGGAACAAUACACUGGCCAGGGGGGUACAUCGACAUACAAGGAAUUCGGGCAAAUAAAAUCCACAAGUACAAUCAAUCGGUUCCAUUUGAGCAUCGAGUGGAACUUGCCAUUGGCAUGCUUGCAAAAGACAAAUUUAACAUCGUUUCGUUGUAUUUUCACGAACCAGACAAUACGGGACAUAUUUUUGGCCCUGAAUCAGCAGAACUAGUCAAAAUGGUGGAAGAAAUGGACACAGUUUUAGGUAAACUCCUAGAUAAGUUAAAAGAGCAUAGACUUACGGAUUCGGUGAAUUUGAUUGUCGCAAGUGACCAUGGAAUGGCAACGACAAAUCAUGAUAAUAAGCUGAUUAAUAUUUAUGAUCUAGUAGAUCUGACUAUGAUUAAGUCAACAUUGGAAACCGGUGCUAUCAUGCAAGUGGUACCUGAAGAUGGACAAGUGGAUUCUGUCAUCAGGGCCAUCAACAGAAACCCAAACUUAAAGGCCUACAAGAGAGACGACCUACCGGAAUUGUGGCGGGUUAAGAACAAUCGAAGGGUUAUGCCAGUGUUUGUGAUAGCCAACGAAGGAUGGACAAUCACAAAUGACACACAAUUGACCAGACAAAAUCCAAGACCGGGAGACCACGGAUACGACAGCAGCCUAAUGACAAUGAAGCCAAUAUUCUACGCCAUGGGUCCUAACUUCCGGUCAGGAGUUUCCGUAACGCCCUUCAAAAUAAUAGACAUCUAUCCUAUGAUAUGUGAACUACUUGGUAUACCGCCUUCGCCUAACAACGGUACACUCAACAAUACGGCCAGUUUCUUACGGCCAUGCCAGGACAGUCAGCGUAUGUGCAAUUGGUUAAACUUUGAGGGAUCAAAUAAUUCGCCUUGACGUAAUGUAUUGUCAUAUCUAGGUUUCUAUGGAGAUGACACCAAAAGUAGUGUUUCAAGUUUUCUAAUAAAUGUCAGUAUAAUUGAAUUUUGCAUAAUGCAAGCAUGAUUCAUUAUUUAGACUAAUACGUUUAAUAACCACAAAAUCUGGUAUAAUUAAUAGAAUUUCUUACUCGUCGAAUAAAGACAAUACAAAAAUGAAUAUUCCUUAUUGCUUAAACAAUGAACGAACAAUUAAAUUUGCAUAUGAAAACUGUUUCUCAUGUUUACAUAUUUCUGAGCAGGGUGGCCUGUUCAAACGGCAAUCAAUGUCAUUUGAACUUUCAAUUGCGAGUAUUUAUUUUUCUUUCUAAUCAAUUGUAAAGUUUAACAUGCAUCAUGUAUUUUACUUUUACAGCCAGAAAAAAAUCUUCUCAAGACCCAGAUAUGGUAGAAUCAAAUACUC